GUGGAACAGGGAGAAUAUGUGUUUACACAAUGUUUAACACUUCCCAUGUUAAUUUAUCUUGCAUGUCAUGGUCUUUUUUGACUUUAAAAUGAGUAAAAAAUUAGUGAUGUUUUUAUUUCAUGCAAUUGCAAUAUUGUAACACAGUCCCUGUUAACUCUCUGGGACAUGGGUCCCAGAUUCAGUUGAAGCUGUAAUCUCCCUCUUCGACACGCACACAGACAUACACAAUACAUCUUGCUGCAGUCACAGGAAUGUUGCCGGUGCUUUGUUCUAUUGUGAGCAUUCAGGAGUGAGUGACGGCACAAUGCGAAUGAUUCGCUCUGAGUUUGUGCUCUGAGUCCAGCUUUACCAUCAGGCAAAUAGUGGGCGACAGAAAUGACUUCAAGAAACCAUCGGAGUCAGAAUGGAAUGGCAUCUUCGGCAAGGGAAAAUGAAAGCCUUGCCUCUGAAGAGGGAUCUUGUCCGACUGUAUCAGACUCAGAGGAGAAUAAAGUCUUGCUAGAACAGAAGGCAAAGGAUAUAAGCAACACAUUUCCAAAGGAUUUGAAUGACAAGGCUUUUGCAAGGUUCCUGCGGGCUUUCCGAUCUGUGGAUCAGGCCUUCAAUGCGAUCCUCCGUUACUUGAAAUGGAGGAAGGAGUUUGGCGUUGACUCAAUUACUGUUGAGGACUCAGACAUCAAGACUGAACUGAGAAGCGGGAAAGCAGUGUUGCUGGAGGAGAAAGACAAUGCUGGCAGGCAGCUCCCAAGAUGGGACUUGAACUCAGAACUUCUGGCCAGGAGGCCCAUUUUAUUGGUAACAGCCAAACUUCAUCAUGCAAAGGAUCGGAACCUGCAAAGUCUUAUGAAGUUCAUUGUAUAUCUUUUGGAAACAGCAGGCAAGCAGUGUGAUGAUGACAUCUGUGAUAACUUCUGCAUUGUAUUUGACAUGAAAGACUUUUCAAUGAACAGCAUGGAUUACCAAUUUGUUAAGAACUUAAUCUGGUUGCUCUCCAAUUAUUAUCCAGAGCGACUAGGCAUUUGGCUCAUCGUUAAUCCACCGGUGCUUUUCAGCGGCUGCUGGGUAAUUAUACGCAGUUGGUUGGACGAAAACACUGCCAAGAAAGUAACCUUCAUCACUAAACCAGAACAACUGGCUGAGUACAUCCGCCUGGAGGUUUUACCCAGGAAUCUGUUUCUGUGAUCAUGUAAAGACAGAGAUUCUAUUGUGUAUAGGUUAGCAAUGAUCAAAAUAAUGAUGUCAGAGAGUUGCAACCUCACAAGUUUUUAAAAAUUACUGUACAUUUUAAAAAUAAAUUUUU